AUGCAUGGCCGAAAAUCCUCUCGAUCCUCUCGAUUCUCCAACUCUCCCUCCCCUCCACAGCGCCCUGCAAAGAGGCUCCUACGGGAUGAUCUCAGAACACUGUCCGAGAAUACGCCUGAGCACCAUGACGAAUAUUCUCAGUCCUUGAUGAAAGGUGGCCAUCCUCCACAACAUGAUGCUUCUCCAUCAGAUGAUGAGGCAUCCGACCCUGGUCCAAAGGUCCCAUUGUCUCCUUUGUCCGAGUCCGGAUAUCAGCUCGAGUUUCUGGAGCAGCCUGUGAGCCCAGGCAGUAUUUCCUGGCAAUUCACAGAAAGCCCAGCACGCCUCACUGGUACAGAGAAAGAGACAGAGGCGUCUUGCUGGGAGGUGCCUUGUGCACCAACGCCGGAUGGCUUUCGAGGCAACGUUUUCAUCAAGCCACGUGCAGAAGCCUGGGUAUUCGCAAUGGGAUCUCAGGGGUGGAGAUCAGAAUCCAGAACCACUGAGGUUUGCCUUGACAUCCUGUGGACUGACGCUUCCAUUGUAUUUUUUUCAUGUGCCGCUGGAGCAAUUGUUUGGCAAGAGUCUUCAACGGGGGAAUGGAUGUCAAGGCGAUGUCCUUAUCCUUACCCUGUAGUGAACACGACAGUCGUAGAGAUUUUUGCCGUUGUCAACGCCCUGGAGAUUGCCGUUGACAGGGUUCGCGAGUGGCAAUUCGCCCAAGAGAACGAUGGCUCAGGCAAAUUUCGGCACGAAGUGUACGUCUUCACCGACUCGGAAGGCGCACUGAGGGCGAUACAAAGAAGAAAAAAACGCCGGCAGCAUGCCGCCGAGUUACAUGCACUGGUUCAGAAUGCCGUUGACAGGAGCAUCGAGCUUGAAGAGCUUGGCGCUCUUGUAGAACUGCAUCUGGUUCCAGGUCAUAGAAACGUCCCAGGCAACACUCGCGCCAACAAUCAUUCUCGUACUGCAGCCCGUGACCUAGCUUCUCAGGUCGGUCUGACCUCACUUGAAGAAGGUAUGCGGCUGUACCGAGAAGCUUUCACCACCCCUUUAAUCGCGAUACCGAGUGGGCCCUCUGUUCUCCUCUCCGUGGCGAAUGCACGAUGCCCGGGCAGAUCUGUGUCCGAACCCCAGAAAACUGGCCAGGAAACAGACGGCUCCUUGUCAAAUACGAACGCGGCGACGUUGGGCAUCGGAUUCGUUCAGCUCGUUGAGGAUUAA